AUGGGUCCAAAGGUCAUGGUCACCACAGCAGACCCCUUUGAGGAUGCCACCGACUCAGGAGAUGGCCACACAGGCAGCACCAAGACAGGUGAACCCGAGGCCAUGGACCUCAGCUCAUAUCAGCAAUCCAUGGACCCCAAUCAUGAGGAGGAGGAGCAUGAUGAUGGCAAUGAUGAGGGAAAUAUUGUCAAUGGAGGCAAAGCAGUACUGGAGCUCUCUGGAAUGGUUCAAAACCAUCCUGCUCGGAUACUGGCUGAUACCAGUGCUGGUUUGUCCAUAGUCUCAGAUUCUUUCAUUACUCUGGAAGAUGGACCCAUAGGGUUCAUGCUGUUCGAGGAGCCACCAUCAUCACUCCCAGCCUUUGGUUUUGUACCUACAGGCGCAGACAAAGGAGUAGAGAUGGAGGUAGAGGUGGACAAGGUAGUGAUGGCUGCAGACAUACCAAAGCCAUACCAACACCUGCAAGAUGUGUUUGAUGAGGUGGAAGCAGACAAGCUGCCCCAUCAUACUGAGCAUGAUCUCCACCUCAAGUUGAUAGAAGGAGGUAAGCCACCUCAAGGGCCCCUGUACCUUAAAGGACCCAAGGAGAUGUCCGAGUUGAGGAGGUACUUGGAUGAGAACCUUGAGAAGGGGUUCAUAAGACCAUCGAAGAGCCUGGCACAAUCACCAGUGCUCUUCGUACCAAAGAAGGAUGGAGGUCUCAGACUCUGUGUGGACUACCGAGGUCUCAACGAGAUCACUGUCAAGAACAGGGCACCACAGCCCCUCAUCGAGGAGCAGCUGUUCUUACUCAGGAAGGCAAGGAUCUAUACCAAGCUAGACCUUAGAGCAGCAUACAACCUCAUCCAGAUUGCUAAAGGAGAUGAAUGGAAGACAGCUUUUGGCACUCAGUUGGGACUCUAUGAGUACCUAGUGAUGCCCUUUGGCCUAGCCAAUGCUCCAGCUCACUUCCAGUUUGACACCAAAGAGACACAUGUGAAGCAUGUCACCAAGGUCCUCACUCGAUUAAGGAGCAACAGGCUCUUUGCUAAGCUGUCGAAGUGUGAGUUUCACACCAAGGUAGUUGAGUUCCUGGGAUACAUCAUCAAGCCGACAGGUAUAGAGAUGGACCCAGAAAAGGUGUGCACUGUCAAGGAGUGGCCAAUGCCAGAGUCAAUCCAUGACAUCCAAAGGUUCCUGGGUUUUGCCAACUUCUAUCGAAGGUUCAUAGCCCACUUUGCUUGUAUAGCCAAGCCCUUGACAUCACUGGUAAAGCCCACAGAACAGUUCAGGAAGUUCGAGCUACCAGAGGAGGCCCAGCAGGCCUUCCACAAGCUCAUCCAGGCAUCCACCUCAGCAGGAGUGCUUCAGCACUUCGACUACCACCUUUCAACAAGGUUGGAGACCGAUGCAAGUGACUUUGCUAUAGCAGGAGUACUCAAGCAGGAGCAUGAAGGUCAAUGGCACCCAGUGGCCUUCUACUCUAGGAAGAUGUCCUCUGCCAAGAAGAACUAUGAGAUCCAUGACAAGGAGCUCCUAGCUGUGGUCACUUGCCUUACUCAGUGUCAACUGGUCAUCCUUACCGACCAUGAAGCCCUCAAGUACUUCAAGUCCCAGAGACGCAUCACAGGUCGACAGGCUCGAUGGGCAAUACUACUAGCAGACUUCGAUUUCAUACUACAGUAUCGACCAGGAGACAAGGGUGGUGGGCCUGAUGCUCUCACCAGAAGGACUGACAUGCAACCAGCUGGUGAAGAGCAAGAUCACAAUGUGAGGCAACUACUGCCUCCUCAAGUGUUCAAGGAGACAGCAGACCAUGACUCGAUCCUAGUGGCCCCUAUGCUCUCGAUGGAGUCCAUAGCAUCAAAAGGUCUCAGAGACCUGGUCAGGAUCUUCCAGCCCUUAGACCAAGAGCUACAGGAGAUACAUACAAAGAAGCCCUUCGAGAUCAAGGAUGACCUAUGGUACAGUGGAGGAAGCAUCACUGCUGGACAUGUGGGAAGAGAUGCUACCAUCAAAGCAGCCCAACAACAUUACUGGUGGCCAAACAUGACAGCUUGGAUUGCAGACUAUGUAGCAAGUUGUCCUCCACUAGCAACACCAGACAGGCCCUGGGGCUCCAUAUCCCUCGACUUCAUCAAAGGAUUACCACCAUCAAGGAACUAUGACUCCAUCCUUGUCAUUGUUGACAGGCUGACCAAGUUUGCCAUACUAGCUCCAACCCAUAAGACAGUCACAGCCAAACAGACUGCAGUGUUGCUAUAUGGACACAUGGUUAGACUCUUCGGAUAUCCAGAUCACAUGGUCUCGGACCGAGGCAGGCAGUUCAUAUCAGGAGCAUGGAAGGCAUUUGCAGAGCAAAUGGGUGUGAAGCACUCACUUAGCACGGCUUACCAUCCUCAAACUGAUGGUCAGACAGAGAGAGUCAAUCAGGUCAUAGAGCAAUAUCUCAGGAUGUACUGCAACUAUGAGCAGAAUGACUGGGCCAACCUGCUGGACACUGCGGCCUUUGUAUACAACAACACGGUCCACAACAGCAUUGGAGUCAAUGAUCCAGGUCGCUUCAAGUACCUCAUGGAUGGAAAGGAGCAUUGCAAGUACCUCCAGGAGCAGAUCAGAGAGGCACAAUGUAGAUCAGUAGACCAGUAUAACAGGAAGCACAAGGACAUCGAGUUUAAGGUGGGUGAUCUGGACUAUAUCAACUGUCAAAACUGGAAGACAAGGAGACCCACACCCAAGUUAGAUACCUGGUUUGCAGGACCCUACCCAGUUCAGGAACGGGUAGGAUGCCGAGCUUAUCGAAUCACAUUGCCAGCAAACCUUAGGGUGCAUGAUGUGUUCCAUGUCUCCAUGCUCGAACCAGCAAGAACCAGUUCUCUUCCUCAACGAGCUGAACAGCCCACCAUACCAUCACUUCCAGAUGAGGACCUUGACUUCGAAGUCGAAGCACUCAUCGACAAGCAUUCACACAAUGGGACUACAGAGUACAAAGUGUUGUGGAGAGGGUACUCAGAAGAAGCUGCUUCAUGGGAACCAGUAGAGAACCUCAACUGCCCUGACCUCAUCCAGGAGUAUGAGGUGUCGGAGGGGGGACGAGCGAGUAGACAGAGUAGAGAGAGGAGGAGAGAACAGGAGGAGUAG